UUAAAGAGACCCAAUGAAGACAGUGACUCCAUGGAAGAAUCAAAAGCAGAUGCCUCUGUGCUUUUACCAAAGGAGAAUUCUGGACCAGUGCCUCUUUCUGUCAGAAGAGCAAAACAGUUGAUUUCCUUGUUUACCAUGGCUCAAAAUCCACACAUGACCCACUUGAAGCUAGGUGAAGUGGUUGUGCUUCCUCCCCUCUGGAUAAGGUGUGAUGGUUCUGAUCCUGAACAUACCUGUUGGCUUGGAGCUGAGCCUCUCAAAGCUGGAAGCAAAAUCAUGGGGAUCAAUUUGCAUAUGGUUUCAUGUGAUGGUCCUACAGCCGAUAAAACCUGUUUUGCAAACCUGGAAGAGCUCAAAAUGCAACAUAAAAUAAUGCAUCGUUCAUCUGUUGUGACAACAAAAGGAUUUGCUCAGUAUGAACUUCUCAGAGCUGCUGCACUGGAGGACACAAUUGUAGAAUCUGAAGUCAAUAUCUGUGUUGAUGUUACAUGGAAUACUGUUAAUAAGAUUCUGGAGACACCCCCACUAACUUCAGCUGCCACACUGAAUAUUGCCCUGGAGCUUGGGGACCCCAGAAGUCCUGUGCAUCAGCUAUACAGAGAACUGCAGUUUCUCCUUGCUUUGGCUGAAGGUUUGAAGACAGGUGUGACCAAGUGGCCUGAGCCAUUAGAGCCUGAAUCUGCUGUUGAUCUAGUCCAGGCAUUUCUGGCUGAUUUAAAGAGGGAGCUGGAUGGAUGUUGUGUGUCUGGAAACAGAGUUGGAAUGGAGAAAAUCCAAUGUGACGCAGAGGCAGUGGACAGUUCAAUAAAAUCAAUCUUCAGUGAGCGAAGAGACCUGGAUUUUGCUGAACAGUUAUGGUGCAAAAUGAAAUGUGUCAGUUCCUAUCAGGAGUUGAUAGUGUGUUUCACACUGAUCUUGGAAUCCCUGGAACGUGGCAAGAUACAGCCCUGGAUUCAUCAAGGGAGUAGCAGUUUGCUGAGCAAAUUGAUUCAACAGUCUUAUCAUGGAAAGAUGGAGGCUGUUUCUCUCACUGGCAUCACUCCAAUUCAAAUGCUCUUGGAGAUCGGUUUGGAUAAGAUGAAGAAGGAUUAUGCCCAUUUUUUCAUAGGCCAGGAACUUGCAACACUGACAUACUUGGAUUACUUCAUUUCCACAUCAGUGGAUUUACAAGAACAAGUUCAUCGUGUUCAAAAGCUUCACCAUAUGUUGGAAAUAAUGGUCAGCUGUACAGUCUUGCUUCAGUUAAAACACGAGAACCUCUUCCCUUUGACACAAAUCUGCAUAAAAUAUUAUAGAGAGAACCCUCUAGAUGAGAAGCAUGUGUUUCAACUGCCCAUCAGCUCGGUUCUUGUCAAGAAGUUCUAUCAAGACAGUCCCCUAGAUGUGUGGAAGGUGGAUAUAAGUAGCGGGCACGGACCGAAGGAAGUUAAAACAACAUGGCAAGUUAGUACUAAUCCUCCAGUUGAACAUACGACGUCAAAUAUUGCAAGUCUCUUAUCCGAUUCCACAGUUAACGCAAGCACCCAAGACAGAAUGUAUUUUAUUACACUGGUCAAGUGCAGUCAGGUGCAUUUCAGAUAAAUGCGUGUUUCUCUGCAGGCAAGCUCUUGAAAGGUAUAGUAAAGGGGAAAGCUCAGUAUUAUCUGUGUCCCAACACUACAUUUAGAAAUACUCUGUGAUUUGAAGAACAAUACAUCUUCCUGAGUUAUUUCUUUAGUGUGCUUCAAGUGUGACUGACAUACAUGGCCAUAAUUCCUCUGUCUGCAUCCAGUUUGUUAUAAAUGUUGUGCAAUAAUGACUGUACGGGAUAAUUAUUUUGAAAAUAUAGUGGAUAUUUUUGUUCACUUAUUUACAAGCAUUCAAUAAAGUGUUGCAUUUUGGGGUUUCAAAUCUUAUUUUUAUUUAAGAAUGUAGUCAGAUAAUGUUCAAAGGGUGAAUUAAGCCAACAGAACAAGGAAUAC